GAAGUUUUCGCCCUCAAGAGUUGAAGAAAUCGAAUGCUACAAAAUACAACUCGACACUUUCUUUUCUGGUAACAACCGUUUUAUACUUUUAUUAGAGUGUGCAAUUGCUCACCGCAGUUCGAUUCCAAGCUGACCUAGCCACUUGAGGAUAGCUCUGCAUACCCAAGUAAUACUAGCAAAGAGCACUUCCAACUGCCAAAAUGAAGGGACGUGUAAAAUGGGAUGAGGCUAACAUUGGAGAAAUUGAAGCAAACAAACCCGUGAGGCAAAAAAUUACCGAACCUAAGACUCCAUAUCAUCCUAUGAUUGAUGAUGACAGUUCUCCAUCAGCCAUACGAGGAGAUUUUGACAAAUGUAUUGAUGAUAAAAACCGCUCAGAAAAUGCUGAGCGGAGUGCUUUUGAUAAUGCGGCUUCUUGUAGCAGAAAAGGAACUAUGCAAUCUGACGGCUGGACAUCAUCUGAGGAUGAGUCAGAAGAAAUGAAACAAGAUGAUGAUGAAAGGAGAGUGAGUUUUAAAGAGCACAGAAGGGUCCACUAUGAUGAAUUCCUCAAAGUCAAAGAGCUGCGACAGAAGGCUUCUCUUCUAGAGGAUGGCAGUGACGAGGAUAAUAAAGCUGGGCUUACCGUGAGGGAGAAGAAGUGACUCAUCUUGUCCAACGGGUGCGACAUGCAGGAGAUAGACACAGAGAAGAAAGAUAUCUUCCAUUCAAUGCCUCUAACUAAAUGCUUCUGACGUGAUCAACAAAUAAAACCUACUCUGGUUUUAUUUAGUGGGCAGGAAUAACAACGAUUCUGUAUUCGUUGUGUCUUUUGUGUGUAAAUAUCUUCUACUUUUCCAUCCAGUAUGUUCAUCUGAACUUGGAUUACCCAUUUAGACUCUAGUAAUAUGCCAAAUGAGAUUCAUUUGGCAAGCAACAGAACAUUCUGAUGAUAAGAUUAUUUGUGUGAUAAUGUCGUAGACGUAACACUCCGAACUUGGCUUCUAAGUAAUUUAGGUUGGAAUGAUGCUUGGAUGAAAUUGCAUUGAUUUUGCUUGCUGACGUUUCACCUGUUGUCUUUGGGUGUGACAGCUUGGCACCAAUCUGAUACUGUGGUAAUACAAUGUUCCAUUGUGGAGUGGGGCCAUUAUUAUAAUAAAAACUUUGUAUUAAU